AUGCGUUCCUCGCUAGUAAACCUAUUACUCUGUAUUUGUCUUCUUAAUCUCAGUAAAAGUGAAAAACUUACUUUCAAAAAUGUGACAGUUCGGUGGCGUCAUAAUUACAAAAAAGGAGAAACGGUAGCAACAUCUGACAGUCUGAAGAAAAUAAUUCCUGAUGACGAACGAGUGUCGGUGGAAAUCACUGGAAGCAUUCCCAUCUUGUACGAAAAAUCGGUUUUCGAUAUACCAAAUUUGGACAGUCUAGACCUCUAUGACGUGAGUUUGCAAGAAAUCAAACCAGGAGCUUUUGGAAAUUUACCACACUUAAAAUGGCUUAGUCUACGUAAAAAUAAUUUAACUGAGAUUAAAACUAACACUUUUUCCGACCAAAAGAUAAUUUAUUUGGAUUUGUCAUUCAACUCGAUCAUCGUUCUACACCCGGGAGCUUUCAAAAAUUUCAACGCCAAUCUCCUGAUACUUGCUAACAACAACCUCACUGAAUUUCCAAGUGGUGUUUUUGAAAAUGUCACGAUUCGAACCUUAAUUCUGGCUGACAAUCUUCUGCACACCAUCGCGCCAAAAGCACUGUCUACAAUUGCGUUGAACAGAUUGACUUUGAGCAAUAAUAUGUUCGACGAAAUCAAUCCGGAAAGUUUUGACAUGCAACAAUUAGUAGCACUCUUUUUUAGUGGCAACUUAGUCAAGCUUCUGCGACCUGGUGAUUUGAGAAAUUUGCCAGAAUUGAAGGAACUCGGGCUUGCGGGAAACGAUUUGGAAGAAAUUCCAGAAGGGAUUUUCAAUAAUACCAAACUCACUGUUUUGAAUCUAAAUUCAAACAAAAUUGCUAAAAUCGCGAGUGAAGCUUUUGAUGACAUGCCAGCGCUUGAAAUGUUAUCCAUUAACUCCAAUUAUAUAACCGAAUGGGACAAUAAUUGGCUGAAAGGGGCGAAAUCAUUGGUUCAAAUUUCGGUCAGUGAAAAUCAGAUAGCGGAGAUACCAGACGAAGCAUUCAAAAAUUACCCUCGUAUGAUGACAAUUGAUCUUCAUGGAAGUUACAUUAGGAACAUUUCAGUUAAAGCCUUUGAUAAUUUAGAUUACGUGGAUCAUUUAGAUUUGACUUAUAACGAGAUUGAUAAUUGGAGUCCAGAUUUGUUGAGUAAUGUUAGUAUUGGCAGGUUGGAUCUCACUGGAAAUAAGUUACAGUGUGUUGAAGGAGAUUUGAAGACAAUUUUCAGAAAUGUUGAGUAUACAAUUUUGCGAGAAAAUCCUUGGAAUGAAGAUUGUGUUAAGAAGAUUGAGGAAUUUGUAAACAACAGUAAACAGUAUAUACUGGAGGAGGAUGAUUAAACUGGAUUCUAAUCUUCUAAAUAAAUAACAUUAUUUUAAUAUACAUGCAUCUAGAAGAA